GACUCCUGCGGCUCCCUGAUCAUCUGCCCCUGAGGGACUCCUGGGGCUCCCUGAUCAUCUGCCCCUGAGGGACUCCUGGGGCUCCCUGAUCAUCUGCCCCUGAGGGACUCCUGGGGCUCCCUGAUCAUCUGCCCCUUCGUCUGCUUAUUGGCGGCCAGGCUCAUUAGUUUCCGCCCACAGGCAACAAUAAUUUCCUGAUUUACCUAAGAGACACUAGUGGCCUCGAUGAGAACAGGAAGCUGGCGGCUUGUCGAAGAUCCCCCUUGCCUUGCCUUGAUGAUCUUUUCCAGCUAGAUUUUGAGACAACACAGUUUUGACAUUUACGGCUUUGGCAGGUAGGAGGUUCCAUGGAUUUAUAACCCUGUGGGUGAAAAAACAUCUCUAUCAUUAAGCCUUCCAUCAUUAGGCUUCGCGAUUAAUGCUUCAAGGGUACACCGGGGCACAUCCGAUCCCUGGAUAGUCGUCACCCCAAACUCAACGACAACAACAUACCCAUCCUACAGGGGGUAGUGGACCCCAUACACAUUGUAAUAUGAAGAAGCUGAAACGCGUAUUUGGCUCUGUGACAAAUCUUGCGAGUGGGCGCAAUGAUGACCAGUCAACACCAGGCAAUCCAGGAUCCAGUGUUGCCAACACUUUCAGAAGCACAUCUACCUCACCCCAUAGAUCUGGUAGUCCUCAGAAAGGUUCGUACUACAGUUAUGAGACUCAGUCGUUGGACUCUUUCAAUAGUGGAGUUUCAACAGCCAUCACACAAGUAGACCCACAUAGCAAACAAGAUAAAAACUUUACCAAGCUUCACAAAUGGGCCUACUUGGGUGAUACCAACAAACUUAAGAAGUUUGUUAAAAAGGUGUCUGUUGAUGCCCAAGACAGUGAGGGUAAGACAGCUUUACAUCAUGCAGCAGCUCAAGGGCAUGGUGAUGCUGUGCUUUUUUUAUUAGGGAGCAAGAGUAAUGUGGAAAUGAAGGAUAAUAUUGGCAUGACACCCUUCCUUAGAGCAGUAGAGAGAGCCCAGUUGCAGAUUGUUCAACUGUUUCUUCAAAGACGAGUUGACAUAAAGGCGACUGACUACCAAAGGAACAACUGCUCUCAUUUGGCUGCCAGAACAGGGGCAACUGAUCUUUUAACAUUAUUGCUGGAUUGUGACAGUGAUUAUGAUGCUCCAAACUCACUUGGCCGUACCCCAUUGCAUAUAGCAUGCUCUGAAAACCAGGAAGAAGCCGUUGAGGCUCUUCUUAGACAUGGUGCUAGUGUCAACGUUUCCGAUAAGGAAGGUGUGACUCCUCUUAUGGUUGCUGCAAAACUGGGUAGUGUUUCACUUGUUGAAUCACUCAUCGAUCACGGUGCAGAUCUUUCACGCGUUGAUGCUAGUAAAUGGUCGGCAGCUGAUUAUGCUCGUUUUACAAAUCACAAUCAAUUAUAUAACCACCUAAAGACGCUGAUGAAGGAUGACGGAAGUUCAAGUGUGAUUCCACAAGGCCUGCUAAAUGUUAGCGAUGAUGGGAGUGCUCAAGAUGAUGAUGGGGCUGUGGGGCUAACUUCAGCAAAUAAACAUAGCCAUUGUGAUGGAACAGAUAAUUCUUGGAGUGACAGUAGUGACAUUAAUUCUAUUAAGGAAAAGCCAAAACUUAACCUCACCAAAUUUUUGCCAUCAUCAGAUGAGUCUGCUGGUAAUCUCUUUGCCACCAUCACCACACCUGAGGGCAGCAGGAGUAAUGGGCUGGGUCCUCCAAAACCCCCACGUCUUCAUACAAGCUCUUCGAGUAUUGCCUCAGAAAAUGUGGAUGCUAAAGCAGAAGAUAUUUGUAGUGAUAAAGAAGACAGUUUAAAAGCAGAUGACUCUUGGAAAUCCUCAUCGGAUGAAGAAGACAAAGAACCCAAACUAAAACCAUUUGAGCUAUUCAACAGAGGCUUACAAUUCCAUGAAGAAGUAAAUAAGGAAGAGAAAAUCCCAAAUGAUGAUAUUGGUGCAGUAUCUCACUCUAGAACAAGUAGAGAAGAUAUGCUUGCUGAACUAGGAUUAAAUGACUUAACAUAUCAGUCAUCAGAAGAUGUAUCUUUUAGUGAUGAAGAAAAGCCAGUUCUACCACUUGAGGGAACACCCAAGAAAAACAUUAUAAGCAGGAGAAGUUCUAUGCUUCCAGAAGAUGGACUCAAUGUCAAAGUUUCGCCAAGUAAAACAGUUUCCCAUUCAUCUGCCUUUCAGACAUCAUUUGGAGAUCAUGCACCUCUGAACACAAAAAGAGAAUCUCCUGCUAAACAAAUGCCAGAACAGUGUGAAGAAGUUAUUAAGACAGACCUGUCACUCAAUUACUCACCACAGACAUCUGCUAGGAAAAGCAGAAAACAUUCUGCUUUAAAAGAGUCUUUAAGAAAGUCUCCAUUAAAGAAGUCGCCAAGAAAUGCCAGUACUAAGUCUCGACUUGAGAGGUCUUUUAAUUUUGACAGCGACAGUGAUGAUGAAUUAAUAUCAUCACAGCGACCACGAAGAAGAAAAAAUAGCACACCCACAAAAGGAAAAUUAGAAUCAAAAUCAUCAAACAACUUUGCUGUAGAACAAAUUAAAUUUGAAAAUGCAGCAGAGAAGAGAAAGUUAAAAUCUUUAGGAGAUGAGUCUUCGGUGGACAGUAAUAGUGACGAUGCUCCAUUAUCGUCUCUCGGGAAAAAGGAAGAAAGUGUAAAAAGUCAACAGUCGGAAACGAGAGAAAAUUUAAAUACCCGUAUACAUAGUAAAUCUUCAGAAAUUGACAGCAAUAACGUUGGAGGAAGUACUCUCUCUCUUCUUGCCACCAAUGCUGGUAGCUCGUGUACUAAUACUUUAUCAACAGUUGUAGGAACUUUAGGUCGUGUGGGAACAAUGCAAGAAACAGAGGAAGUGUGGGAAGCUAAUGCUAGUAUUAGCCAACAUAAAUAUUCCAGCUCUAAUAGCAGCCUCCAAAAUUCGAGUAAUGAAAAUCUAAAAGAAAUAAAUGGCCAUUCAGGAAGAGAUACUGAUACUUUACUAGAAUGCAUCAAUAAAAAAAGAGUUCAUACAGCACAAGGGAAUGGAAAUGGCAUUGAUUUUAAAAUUGAUGUAAAUGAACUAGGAAGUAUAGAUGAAACUACCAGUACAAGAAAUGUUGUUGAGUCAGAAGACACUGGCCACAACAUCAGUAAUGACAUAUUAGAAGCAAACCCAGUUAAUGUUGUGUCCCCUAGAUCAUCAUCCAUAUCUGUGAGUGGAGUUCAUUCUUCAGAAUUAUCAGCUACUAGAGAAAAUGGUGAUAUACAGACAGUCAAAGAAAAAUUACUUGAUGCAUCUAUAGAAACAUUUUCUCAUGCAGAAACAAAAAAUUCAGUUUCUACAAAAGAAAACCUGUUAACAAAUCCAAUGAGUAUUACAAAAAUAGCUGAAAACAUUAAAUUAACAUCUAACCAGAAAGUAGAAAAAAACAAACCAGUAGAGAAGAGUAAUGAACGUAGUGUCUCCAGACCACCCUCUAAUUUGUCUGCUUUAAGUAAACCACACUGUAGAACAGGGUCAGGAAGUGGUUUAUGCAGCAUAGCUUUUAGUGAUGAAGAUUCGAUUGCUCAUGACCCACUAUCUACUCCACGUGGGCUUGAUGAGCUAGAUGAUGGAAUUUCAGCGGCUUCAACGGAAACAGAAGAAAGUACCCACAUUAAUUCAGGUCUUAAAGACUCUCUUCUUAAUCCCUUAUCGUCUCUGCCAGAUGCAUCUGAUGUUGCGCAGCUUCAAGAUCUUGUGCGGGAACUUCGGCUAAAGUUGGAAAAGGAAUUUGGACGCAGAGCUGCUCUAGAAACUCGAGUGUCAAAUUUACAACAGCAAGAGAAGCAGUCAAAGCAUUAUAGUGACCAACAGGAGCUUGAUUUACAGCGGCAGCAGCAAGAGGUUUCCACUCUGGCUGGACGUAUCAGGCAGCUAGAAUAUCAGAGCCGAUGUGAACAAGAUUCUUCUCGGCUUAAGGAACAGUCCCUUGAAGACUUUCAGAGUCGUUGUACCCAGCUUGAAGAACAAUGUAGCACUCUUCGUGUACAUGCUCAACACCAAGAGCAAUUGGUAGACUCGCUAAUGGUACAACUUCAAACUAAAGAACGUAUUAACCAGAGUCUUCAAGGAAAACUGGAAGAGCUGACAUCUCAGACAAAGUAUGUGUCGAUGAAAAGUUGUCAGACAGAGGCUAUCUAUAUGAAUACUGGAGAGACUGUUGCAACUUGUGCCCAGACUGACAUUGUAUUUUUUGAUAGAAAAGAAUCUGCCACUCAAACAAAUUCCACAUCAACUUCAGUAGAUGUUGGGAUUACAACAGAUAAAAAUAUGCAAAAUUCAGCAGCCGAGUUAAAAGAGCUUAACUUGUCACAGACGUGUAACUCUGCUUCAGUGAGUAUAAUCAAAACAGUUACAGACUCAAUACUGCCCGAAGAAAGUAACAGUGAUCACAGAACGACCCCAUGUAUGAUGGAUGAAGCAGUUCAAACUGAAGGCACAUACAGCACAAAUGUAAUAAGUGCACAAGUCCAAUGUACUCCAGAAAGAUUGAUAAAGUCAUGCCAGACACAAAUAUGCACACAAACUCAGUCUGUUCAAACUGCAAUGGAAGGCCUGUGUGGCAGUGGUGAGAAAGCUGUCAAUGAUUCAUCAAGUCAGACAGUAACAAUGAUAAGGCAAGCUGCAAUUCAAACAGAUACAGUGACUUCUGAUUGUGAUUCAGAAUCUUCCCAAAAAACUGUGGGAGAAAGUAGCCAAGUUCAGUUGAUAGCAUCUGCGGUAGAACCCAUAUUGCAAACCUUUUCUCAUGAUCUUGAGUCUCUUAUUAUCGAAAAAAAUGAAACGAGCCAGACCUCAGUAUUAGAGAUGAUAAAACAAAUUAUCAUUGGUCAAAUUGAUAAACUUGAAUGUAUCAUUAAUACAUCCUUACAGCAGACAUCGUCAUUUCAAAAUAGAGAGACCCAAUGCCAGCUUAGCGAGGGAAUUUUGCAUUUACAAGAGUUGCUGCAGAAUCAGCUAGAUACUGUGACUAAAAUGUCUGAUGAUGUUGCAGGAAUAAAAUGUAGUUAUUUAAAGGAUUCUAUCACAGAGGUAAAUUCAGACAUUCAGUCAAGAUUUCAGAAUCUUAGAGAAGAACUUGAUGGCCUUCAUCAGAGUCAGGUAUCCAGUGAGCAAGUGAUGAUCAAUAUUUCAUCAUCGUUAGGAGAAUUAAAGCAAAACAAUGACAAAUUUUUUAACUGUAUAUCUGAAUACUUUCAAGAAAGCAGAGACUCCAGGUCACAUGGAUAUAAUGAUAUGAAACAACAUUUUGAGACUCAUAUUGGUGAAGUUAAAAAAACACUGGAAUUGUCCAAGUGUUCAGAUGACAGUGGAGUAUCUGAUAGUCUAACCAGAGGCAUUAUAGACAAGCUAGAAACACUUCAGAAAUCCUUUACGUUGUCAGUAGAAAAAAGCUGCACAGUUCAAGAUAUUUAUGAAGUACAAGAUGGAAUAAAAAAAAUGUCAGAUGAUAUUCAGAAUAAAGUAUCUGAACUUGAACAAGGUCUGCAAACAGCAAAUAAAGACACCAGACUAGAUCAAACUCAAAUAAAUGAACUUAUGAACACUAUUAAAGAGAGUAAUAAACAGCUUAUGGUACUUCUGAAGACCAGAACCUCGGAAGCAAACUCUAACAUCAGUGAGGCAUUAGAGGAAAACUUCCAUAUAAUUCAAGAUCACUUACACAGACUUCAGCAAACUGUGUUAAAGAGAAUAAAUGAGGUUUGUGACCAUGUAAAUAUAGCUGAGGAUGAGAAGGUAGUGUGGUUAUCCAAGCAGGUGAUGGAGAUGGCUAGUCAAGUGUCAGGAAUGAAGUCUGGCAUUUUAAGAGUGCAAUCAUCAAUGGAAGCAACACAGAGUUUGCCUUCAUCUUCGGGCAUCAUUGAUGAGGCCCUAAUUUCCUCACUCAAAGCCAGCAAUGAACAGGCUGUAUCAACAUUGAAAUUCCAAAAUCAGAGUAUAAUUCAGCAGCUUGAAGUUUUACAGAAAGAAAUUCAUAGCACAAUUGUACAAGGACAGAUAUCUAAGGACAACAAAGAAGUGUGUGCUUUAAAAGAAGCUUUAAAUGAAAAAGAAAAUGAAUUGGCCAAGUUGACAAGCUGCAAAGAGAAUCUACAAGAAAAAUUACAACAACAGACUAUAAAAAUGGAAUAUCUAAAAUGCAAAGAGGAGGAGCAACAGUUGAAGAUUGAGUCUGUGUAUGAAAAGUUGCACUACUUUGAAAGCGUCCUUAAGGAAAAGGACGAAGAAAUUCACCAGGCAGCCAUUAAGAAUGUAAGUCAUAGUGAGGAUACUGCCAAGGUCCGCCAAGAAAACUUCCGCCUUACUUCAGAAAAUGGGAAGCUGUCUUCAAUGCUACAGGCAGAGCAGCGACAACAUCAGUGGUAUGAAAGUGAGUUACAAAGUCUUCGAGAAGCUAAAGAGGUAGCAGAGGCUAAAGCUCGAGAAUUGAUGACACAUUUACAGCAAACAUCGUUAGAGCGUACACCUCCAACUGGUAGAGAUGAUGAUGAUGAUAAUGUAAGGUACAGUAAGCAAGAGAUUAAGAAGCUUGAGUUGGAAAAGCAGGAGGCAGAAACCUGCUACAAUGAACAACAAAAUCGAUCACAGAGACUUGAGUUACAGUUGAAGGAAGUUGAAGUGGCACUAAGACUAGAGAAAAGUAACAAAGAAGAAUUGGAAAAACUUUAUAAAAAGUCAAAAGAUUCUUUAAACUUUCUUGAACAUGAUCUUAGCAAUGCCAGACAAAAUCAGGAGACCAUUCAAGAACUGGAGGAUCAUAUAAGAGAAUCAGAAAUAGAGAUAAAAUCAAGAGACAUGGCUGUGGAAGCACUGAAAAAGAAAUUGGAGGCUGCAAAUAAAGAAAAACUUGAUUUAAAACAAGCUGUUAUGCUGCUUAAAAGUGAAAAACUAACGUAUGAACUAAUCAAACAAGAAAAAGAAUUAGCCGAACAGAUGCAGAAGAAAACUGAAGAACAGUUACAUCAGAUACAAAGAAAAAUUCCACUGGAAUAUGUGUCAAAGGCGAGUCUCCAACUAUUCCAGAAGGAAAUUGAGAAUAAAUAUAACUUAGAAUUAAGUGCUAAGCUUGCAGAACUUAAUCAAGUAAUUGAAGAGCAAAAUAAACAACAGGAAUCUCAAGCCAAAUCUAGAGGAGCUCGAGAACAGACUCUUGAGAACGAGCUCGGCAAGAAAUCUGAAGAAAUCAUCCGUCUCCGUGCACAGUUGAGUAUACAUGAUGAAAGAGAAGACACGUGGAGAGUGAGGCAUGACAGACUCAUGGCUCUAUAUCAGCACCAAGCUCAGACAAACCAUAACCAUGUGCACAGACUAACUCGAACUCAGAAGCCUCAUGAAGAGUCCCUGUCGAUCAGUUUACAGGAAAUAGAUAAUCAUCUCAAGAAACCCUUUGCCGCAUCAACAUUUCUAGGGCAACUAACUCCUCCAUCCUCUCUGCUGCUACCAAAGGCUCCUAGUAAUAUUGAUAGUUAUCACUAUACUCAUUCAGAUUUUUUGGAACGUACCUUACACAAGUACCUGGACAGUGCUGAUAAGCCUAGGUAUGUUCCUUGUGAUGAUAAACCACAAGCCAGGAUAUCACCCAUGCAGCCACUGGCACACAGUUUGAAACAUGAGAGACUACCGAGCCUUGACCAGUCUUGUGAAGAUUAUGUAGAGUUACUUAAAAAAAAAUAUGGUUUUUGAUAUCUCCAUAAUAAUGAUAUAUUUCUACAAUCUCAAGUAUUUAGAACUGUGUUCAUAAUACAUUUUCUCAUUAUUUUAGUUUGAAUUACUAGUUGUAUGCUGUAUUAUUUAUUACUAGUAAGUUGUAUGAUGUAUUAUUUAUUACUAGUACUUUGUUAUACACGUGGAGACGAGCAAUCUCAUGACUAGUUAAAAUUUAAUCACACUUUUUUUUUUUUUACCAUGUGUGUAGGUACUUUUAAUCUUUCCUACUGGCAGGUGUUUGAUUAUAUAUGUGAGAAUGGCAAUUAGGAGUUAUAUAAUUAUAUAUAUAUAUACAUACACAGUAUUCAUAACAAUGCUUUACUGCUUCACUAUACUGUACAAUAGAACAUACUGUAGUAUAUUGAUUAAAUAUUUGAUACAAUAAUACCACACUUCAACAUUUGUAUGACUUAUAGCUUUACAUAUCUAAUAAGUUGUAUUUUUAUUUAUUAUUGGGUAAUAUUUAGCCAAAGACAUUUUAAAUCUUUGUAAUAAGUGGACUUUAUCGGCAGAAACCAAAUUCUCAAAUUUCUAGAGAAAAGUCAUUUGACUUGAGCUUAAAACUAGUGGAAGAAUGAACACAUACAUAAUGUUUAUCAAGUUAUCAAACAUGCAGGACAUUGAUUGAACACCAGUACUGGUAACUAUUUUAUAUUAGACCAUAACAGUUUCAUGUAACAAAACUUCACAUGAAAUUAAAUGAACUUAGGUUAAUAAGAAAAAUUAAUAAUGAACUUAAUGAACUUUAAAUUUUAAAAUACAACUUGUAAGCUGCAAAUUUUAAUGAUUAGAUUUGACAUGCCAAAGAACAUUCUGAAAAUAUGUAUAAAUAAUAAUUUAUAUUUUAUAAUAUUCUA